CACGCAUAAGCAUAAAAUUCAAACUCCCAAAUCCUGUUUUGUAUUAGGGUGACAAAAGCACGCUUGCGCUCUGGUCCCCAUCGAUGCGCGCGCAUUUCUACUGUUUGAAAACUGUGUGCUAUUACUGUCCAAGAGACAUGUCUGGGUCGAUAGAGUUGCAGGGAGCAGUCGCGCAUGCGACAUUCUCUCUGCUCAACAAUCAGGUGUAGCGACAUGGCCGAUAGCGAGUUUGAAGAAUUUCGACGAGUUUUUGAUAGACUACCGCAACACAUUAAGGCCCCAACGCCUUUUUACUCAUUAGUGCCAAAUGUUGGAUUCGAAGAUGAGUCACCUUCCUCGAAAAGUGAAGGUAGCCCCGAAGAAGACAGAGGAUGUGUAGGCGAAACCGAUGGUCGGUCAUCUAUUCCGGAAAAUCCGGAGUCUCCACCGCCACCGGCAGACGCAGCAGACACACAACGCAGUCCUCGUCACCAGACGUUUACAAAUGGCGAAAGGCGAAGGAGAAAACUCCCUGAGAUCCCGAAACAUAAAAAAUCAUCUAUUCUAGCAUGUGGCCAACCAGCAUCUCUAGCUGAUGAACUUGGGGCUCUAACCGGGAUGCUCGUAAGACCAGGAUGUCACAGCAGACCACUGCUCGUGCUAAAAUGUGGCUAUCUCCUCGACGAAGACUCCAGCCCAGAUUCGGAGAGACUGCAAAGCUUGGGAGAUGUCGACAGUGGACACAGCACCGCACAUUCCCCUAUCGACACGGGUCCAAAGAGUUUGUCGCCAAUACCCUUACAGCAAAACGUGUCGCCCUCGUCCAGUUGCAGUAUCAGUGGAAUGAAUUUUGCAGGAAAUAUGACCACAGUACCUCAUAGUCAACUAGAAAUGCUUGAAGCAACCCACAGAGGCCUACAUAAAUUUAACCCUAGGCAUCACGAUGAAAUCGAGGUGGAAAUAGGGGACCCUAUUUAUGUUCAAAAAGAAGCAGAAGAUCUAUGGUGCGAAGGUGUAAAUUUACGAACAGGACAGCAAGGAAUCUUUCCCUCCGCCUACGCAGUCGAUAUGGAUUACAACGACUUCGACCCAGCAAAUGCCAAAGUAAAAAGGGAACGAUAUUUAUUAGGGUAUAUGGGCUCCGUAGAAACUUUAGCCCAUAAAGGUACAGGUGUCGUUUGCCAAGCUGUAAAAAAGAUUGUCGGUGAAUGCAGCACUGAACCUACCAUUCAGCCUUGUAUUCUUGAAGUAUCUGAUCAGGGGCUUCGUAUGGUUGACCGUUCCAAGCCAGAGAGAAAUCGCAACGGACCCUGUAUCGAUUACUUUUACUCGCUGAAGAACGUAUCGUUUUGCGCUUUCCAUCCUCGAGAUCAUCGUUACCUGGGUUUCAUCACAAAACACCCGACCCUUCAACGAUUCGCUUGCCACGUAUUUCGAGGACAGGAGUCUACCAGGCCAGUCGCAGAAGCAGUCGGGAGAGCUUUUCAAAGAUUUUAUCAGAAGUUUAUCGAGACAGCGUACCCAAUUGAGGACAUCUACAUAGAAUAGGGAAUGAACGAUAAUAAUCAUCAGUAAUUUAUUGAAGCUUUUUUGUUGUAGUUAUAUCACGUCAGGCAUGUUUAGUGAAUGGUUAUUUUAUGAAUUAACAAAUGUCGCAAAUUUACGCUGACCCUAAUGAGUCAAUUGCUUAGUGAAAUGUAUUGUUCACUUGUAUUUAAAGGGUUUUUUCGGUGGUUAUUGCAUCUCUGGCUUUACUUCAAAGACUUCGAACUUCAAAGAAUGAAUGUAGUAUUUAUAUAAAAUAUAAUUUGAAAAUUAAGUUAUCUUCCUAAUGUACCGAUUUUACGAGAUUAAAUUGACAUAAAUUAACAGACCAUCCACUACAUGCCUGUCACAAAGUAUUUGAUAUUUUCAAAGUCGUUGCUAAGUCGCAAGCCGCCUUCCGAAACUAUUAACUUUAAUAUAUUAUAUUAAGAGAGAGAGAGACAGAAGUACAUGACUAUUUACAGCAACUCAUUUCAGUAUUUAUAUACAUACUGCAUCUACCUUUAAAUAAGAAUAACGUUAGAAAAACGCUGAUAUAUAUUUCCAUUCGUAGAUUCUUAACCUCCUAAUCUCUGGUUUCAAUUAGUAGUUGUUUUUUUUUUGGUUUCAAUAAUCAAAAUGUACCGAUUUUAUUUACAUAUUUACUCGUAGACUUUGUUAUUUCUGAAGGAUUUAAUUAAUCCUUAAAAUGUGUAUGUAGAAUUUACGUAAAGUAUCUCAAUUUGUAUUCAUUUCGACUAAUAAUAAUAAUACGAAACAUUAGAUGAAAUUAACACUGAAAAUGAACUCCACUUGGCUUAGGCCGUGGUUUUCAGUAUUUACCGGAAAUUCGUAAAAAAUCGAGAAUAAGCACUUUGUACAUAAUAAUAAUAAUAAAAUAAUUCAUAGUUUUUUUUUUUUAUAUUUGUGGCAUUGUAGUCGUAAAUUUUCUCGAGAAAAUGGAUGCCGUAAAAAUAUCAUCUUUGAGACGAAUGCAAUACGUGUGUGCCGCACUAUCCAGUGCAUUCGAAUAUCAUUUUGAAUCUCGAACUCUGUGAUAUUGAAUCAGUUGAGUUUUGGUAUAGAUAUUAAAUUGAAUUGUGAAUAUUUUUUUAGACCCUAGAAUAUUUUUGAGUAUUUACAGUGUUUCGGAAAGUACGAGCCUGAUUAUUACACUGUGAAAUUGAUGGUAUUUUAGCGUGUUUUUAUGAUUGAAUUAGAUGAAAUCUCAACAGGAUCUCAUAAUAUAGUUCUAUAAUAUUUGUCUUAGAUUGUUUUCGCUUGAUAUUACAAUCGUUGCUUUUUCAUUUAAACCAAAAUUUCUUAAACUUAGUAGUUCGCUGGGAACGCUCGUGAAGUCGAAUCGUAAACAAUAAGUGGAUACAAGGCUUUAUCGAUUGUAAUUUAAUAAAAAUUUGUAGCAUUUUACAUUUAGAUUAUCUAUAUGAAAUUUUUGAGGCACCUUAGCAAUUUAUUUACUUAGAGUGUAUGAUCUAAAACCAGUUUGACUCACUGUAUGCGAUGUUAUCAAAUAUCCGUUGGCUUAAGAAUUAAGAUAAGGUUUAAAUAGUAAUCUUUAAUAAAUAUCAUAGUGAAGAGUAUUUAUUACGAAGAAAAGUUAAUAUUUUAUAUACCGCCAAAAAUAUAGAAAGCCCAUCAAGAAAAUCAUUGCGAUCAAAUCCAAUAAAUAUUUUUAGCUAAUUACUAUUCAUAACUGCUUAAUGUUAAUGUAUGUACUUGCAUUGUAGUGGUGACUACAUUACUUGUUUCCAAGUGAAACUUUAUUGAAAUCAACUAGUAAUCAUUUUUGCAGUAGAACCAAAUCAUUUUUGUAGUAGAACCAAAUCAUUUUUGUAGUAGAACCAAAUCAUUUUUGUAGUAGAACCAAAUCAUUUUUGUAGUAGAACCAAAUCAUUUUUGUAGUAGAACCAAAUCAUUUUUGUAGUAGAAGUCUCAUGGAAAACAGAUAAACUGGUUCCGUGUACGUCCAGAACCCGUACAAGCUGAGCUACCGUUUAACUUGGACCCCACGUUUCUCAUACUGAGUUUUCAAGUUGUGCUAAUAAAAUAUUAACUUUCUCUUUGGAUACUCUGUAAUGUACCCUAAAGUGAGCAAUGAAGCAAUAAUAAAAUGUAAUAUCGCGCCUUUGAAGAAAAAAAAUACGAUAUAUCUAUAUUUAAAUACAGUAUACUUAGUCUUGUCAUGUAAAAAUAUAAAUAAAACCCUUGUUUCAUAUUUAGAAUAUGCGUAUCCUACAAAUGACAAUAUGUGGAAACUAUUAAACUCGAUGUAUUAAAUAGAUGAUGAAUGUCUACAUUGUUACCGAAUAAUUAUUAUACAUAUAGAUGGUAUUUAUAGUUACAAUGCUGAGUGAUUCUAUGCUUACAGCAUUUACGAAGUAACGUUGAUAACAGUAUGGUUAGAAUGAAUGAGCAGCAGUAACGCAAUUAAUUGAAAGCAAUAAUAUGCUAUGCAAAUAUUUUCUUAAAGUAUAUUGUUAUUCUGUAAAAACGUGAUGUCUUUUUUUGGUUGAAUUUAUAAAAUUGACUUUUUCCGUUACAUUCUAUGAUCGUUGGCUGGUGUAAAAUGUAUUUAUCAUUAUUAUUUUUGGCUUAAUAUUUUUUUUAUUAUGCUCUCCUAAUCGAAACAAUAGUUGUAUUAAUAAAGUUUCUAAAUUUGUAUUAAAAUAUAAAGUAUUAUUAGCAAAGUAUUUAACUUUUAAUUGAUAUUUAAUUGAGAAGAAAUCAUGUAGUUACAGAAGCGGCAUUAUCGUUUAUUUUACUUUUAGCGACGCAAAUUUUCAUUGUGAUGUAUAUAAUUUAAAAACUGUAUAUGGCGUGUUCUUAUUGCAGAUUAUAUUUUUUUUAGCAUUUUUAUAGUUUUAAGUUGAUUGCAUAGAGUUUUUCUUGUUCGAUGAGCCAUUCGAUUUACGUUACGAGUGAUGGCGUUAGUGUAUAGCUUAUAGUAGUUAUGGUUUUUAGAUUAGUACGAAAUGCUAAUUUCCAAUUUUCAUAUCGUUUAAAGAAUAUUUAAGAUAUAAAGACGAAAGAUUUAGCUGUACUUUAGUUCUUUAAAAAGUUAAUAUUCGCAAUCGUUUUAAACUACGAAAAAUCUUAAGUAUUGAUAGGAUACUGUAUCCAAUAAACGCCUUACACUGUGUAUAUAAACAUAAAAGAGAAGCAUUAUCAUUAUCUGUUACUAUAAAAGCUAUUUAAAGUAAAUAUAAUACUAUUUAUUUUUUCAUUUAUACAUCAUAGCGUUAUCGAUAUAAUAACACAUAAGCAUUAAAUAAUUUGGACUGA